UGUUGUAGGCCUGGCAAGAGUGAUUUCACGUCAGCCUACUCGUGCUCAUGUGUGUGCUUGUGGGAUGAUUUCAUGAGUAACACGUUGAUGUCUCCACCUGUGAGAUCCUGUCUCGUCUUUGUUGCAUUUGCUUUGAAGAGAUUAAAGACAGCGUCUUCCUCCCCUGCUUGUCUAGAAGUGCUUCUUCCAUUGCCACUCUAGCAACAGACUGCUCUGCACCCAAUGGAGAAGGUAUCAGUUUACCAUGGAAACAUUAGCCGGGAGAUGGGCGAGAAGCUCCUGAGCGAUGUAGGGAAAGAUGGGAGCUACUUGCUACGGGAUAGCGAGACCAUGCCCGGAAUGUAUUGCCUCUGUAUUCUGCAUGAAAAUGUAGUGUAUACAUACAGAGUUCAUCAGACAUCAACUGGUUCCUGGACUGCUGAGGCUGCACCUGGCGUUCCAAGACGGCUGUUCCGGAAGGUGCAGAAUUUGAUUUCUGCAUAUGAAAAGCCAAACCAAGGAAUUGCAACACAUCUGCAGCAUCCAGUGGAGAGAACAGUGGCAAAAAUUGUUAAAGGGUGACUAAUUAUGGACGCCAUAACAAAUGAGUCAUUUGCAGAGUUAAAGAACAGAUCAAUUCAUUUACCAGUUCAACACUGACUUUGUAAAGAGGGAAAUGGAUAUGUAAUAUUUACAGAUAUUUAAACCUGGAAAUGCCGAAGAUAUCUUUAAUCAUAUAUUUUUUUAUUCAAGCUCUGAGGUGGAUUGUAACAGAACAAUAAAGGUUUGGAUUUGGUCAAAAACCCAUAAAAAUACA